AUGAUCGCCGUCUUCAAAGCGGUUUUUGCGACAUUGUUCACGGAGCUGCUCCCGAUGCUCAUGGACCCGGAGAGGCUUCAGCGAGGCACGCUUACUCGCGUUGUUGCGAAGUUGAAACAGGGUCUGCUCGAUUCCGUCGGUGAUAACGUCGGGGCUGUUCGCAUCUCUCGAUGGUUGGAAAAGGCGAGAUCUACGCAAUCCAGCCUGUCGCGACACGAAGCUGUUGCCUCCCUGCGAAAAGUCUUUCCCACCUCUUCCGACAUCGUGCCCAAUGCCUACAAGGUUUGGGGACUGGCUGAGAUCGACAAGAAGAUCGCCAAGGGCAUCUCCAACUGGAAUGAUGCCUCUCAAGCGGCUGCGCCGAGCUCUGAAACGGAGCCUUACUUUCCUAAAGUGACUGCGGUCGGGCAGGUUAGCCCAUACCAGUCCAUGUCUUUCACUGAACAAGCCCGCAGUCACUACUUCUGA